CCGAAGAGUUUUGUGUUUGGUACAUCAACUUCUGCAUAUCAAGUAGAAGGUGCGGCUAGCAAGGAUGGUCGUGGACCUAGUGUUUGGGACACUUUCAUCAAACAGCCCGGACGUGAGCCAAAUAAUGCAAGUGGAGAGGUCUCUGCGGAUCAGUACCACCACUAUAAAGAAGAUAUUGAUCUAAUGGUGAAGCUGAACUUUGAUGCUUACCGUUUCUCAAUUUCAUGGUCCAGGAUUUUCCCAAGCAUUGCCCCGUAUGUUAAUCUUAAUCACUACGAUUUACCUCAAGCACUUCAGAAUAGGUACAAGGGAUGGUUAAGUCGUGAAGUCGUGAAAGAUUUUGCUGAUUAUGCAGAAUUUUGCUUCAAGACAUAUGGAGAUAGAGUGAAGAAUUGGUUCUCAUUUAAUGAACCAAGAGUUGUUGCUGAUCUAGGAUAUGAUACUGGAUUCUUUGCACCUGGAAGGUGCUCUAAAGCAUUUGGUAACUGUACAGCAGGGGACUCUGCAACUGAGCCUUAUAUUGUUGCACAUAAUCUGAUCUUGAGCCAUGCUGCUGCAGCUCAUAGAUAUCGCGAAAACUAUCAAGAGAAGCAGAAGGGAAAAUUCGGAAUUAUCUUGGAUUUUGUCUGGUACGAACCACUGACUAGAUCGAAAGCUGACAAUUAUGCAGCUCAAAGAGCAAGAGACUUUGAAUUGGGAUGGUUUUUGCAUCCUCUAGUAUAUGGAGAGUACCCGAAAACAAUGCAAAAUAUUGUUGGAGAUCGGUUACCUAAAUUCACAACAGAUGAGAUUAAGAUGGUGAAAGGAUCAAUUGAUUAUGUGGGCAUAAACCACUAUACUACCUUUUAUGCAUAUGAUCAUCUAUCCAAACUAAAAGCCCUUGCCUACCAGCAGGAUCAAAACUGUGGAUUUGCUAAUGAUCGCAAUGGAGUACCAAUUGGUCCUAGGGCACACUCCUAUUGGCUCUACAUUGUGCCUUGGGGCCUUUACAAAGCUGUCAACUAUGUAAAAGAACACUAUGGAAAUCCUACCAUCCUUCUAUCAGAGAAUGGUAUGGAUUAUGCAGGGAAUAUUUCUCUUUCAGACGCAUUGCAUGACACGAAAAGGAUUGAUUACUACAGAAGUUACUUGGCCGAACUAAAGAAGGCUAUCGAUGAAGGAGCUAAUGUCAUAGGCUACUUCGCGUGGUCUUUGCUAGACAACUUUGAAUGGAGAUCUGGUUAUACUUCUAGAUUUGGUAUUGUCUAUGUUGAUUACACAACACUUAAGCGAUAUCCGAAAAUGUCAGCCUAUUGGUUCAAGCAAUUACUUAAGAGCCAUAAGCAUUAAGCUUGAACUUUCCCCCUUGUAUUGCAUCUUUUUCAAUAAAAAUGUAUGCUUGUUCA